AUGUCUUUCGACCUCAGCAAGCCAAACCGCAAGAUCCACGCCGGAGUAAUCUUGACCAAGGGCAUCACUGAGAUGCUCGAUGUAGCUCCCUUCGAAUUCUUCCACUGCUUCCAGUGGAGCGGGGACAAGGAGACUGCAGCCGCUAUGAACAUUCCUGAGAAUACGAUGGACAACGGACUCGAAUUUGAGUUGCACUGGGUCACUGAAGAUGGCAAGCCGGCUAAACUGGCGAGCAAUGCUCAGAUCCUGCCCACUGACUCCUUUGAGUCUUGCCCGCCGCUUGACAUUGCUCUCAUGGGUGCUCAUGACUUCAAGUACAAGACAAGCCCCGCCGAGAUUGACUUCAUCCGCAAGACUUUUGAGCAGUGCAGCGCAUUCCUCACCAUCUGCGGCGGCAUGGUGCCUCUGCUUGAGGCUGGCAUCCUCGCUGGCAAGACAUCCACAUGUCCUCGUAUGAUGUUCGAUUUGAUGAAGAAGACUGUGCCGGUGGUCAAUUGGGUUGACAAGCGCUGGGCCCGGGAUGGCAAGCUGUGGACGUCUAGCACCCUACUCAACGGUACGGACUUGAUUCGCGCUUUCGCCACGGAGACUUGGGGUGAAAGAACGGGAAUGAUUGAGUUCUUCCUUGAUGCGGGGCACUAUCCUGAUAGAGAUGUUGACUUCAAGGACUUCAAGGGGCAGAAUUAUCAGAUGGAGCAGCUUCCAGCCUGA